AAUGAGGGCAGUCUGCCUCCCUCCCUCCUCAGCAUCCUUACUUUAACUGCUUCACCGCAUUAGCUAACAUCGGCUAAACUGGGGCUAAACUGCAUCCCAAACCUGACCACCUGACUGUCGGCUUUGUAGGGUAUAUGAAAAAUGCCCAGUGUCACGGUGAAAGAUGUCAACCAGCAGGAGUUUGUCAGGGCUUUGUCAGCUUUCCUCAAAAAGUCUGGCAAACUGAAAGUCCCAGAAUGGGUUGACACUGUGAAGCUUGCCAGGCACAAGGAGCUGGCUCCCUGUGAUGACAACUGGUUUUACACCAGAGCAGCAUCCACAGCUCGUCACCUGUACCUGCGAGGAGGAGUCGGUGUGGGCUCCAUGAUCAAGGUCUACGGAGGGCGUCAAAGGAACGGUGUAUGCCCCGCCCACUUCAGCGUGGGCUCCAGGAACGUGGCGAGGAAGGUCCUCCAAGCUCUGGAGGGCCUCAAGAUGGUGGAGAAGGACCCAAAUGGUGGACGGAGACUUACCUCUCAGGGCCAGAGAGAUCUGGAUCGGAUCGCUGGUCAGGUUGCCUCAGCAAACAAGAAACAGCGAAGUUUACAAAGCGCCAUCUGAGGAAUGCAUGCAAAGAAUCCAGACAAGUGAAAUGCAGCAAUGCCUUACUGCUUAUUUACUCAAGUUCGCUUGUCUCCCAUAUCACUCCAGUGCCCACAGUAAGCAAGUGCAAAAGGCAUUUAGAGAUGCAUGUGUCUAUAGUACAGUAAGUAUGAAUUAAAUAUUAUACAUGGAUGUUUUGCAAUAGUUUUAGAUUUGUUUUUUGUUUGAAAUUCAUUAUGAAUUUCAAGACAGUGGUGGCCUUGUGACAGCAAAACACAGAAUGGACACCGAAGCACUGAGAAUACAGUAUUACCAAGCAAGAGCAUGUUAAUAUUGUUUUGCCAACAACUGUGAAACUCAGUGUAGAAAAACAAAACAAAUGCAGAUGCUAAUGUAUAUUUUUAUUGAUUUAUCCAAUUCUUUGUCUUAACUAUUGGCUACAGAAUAUUAUGCCUAAACAUGUUAUUUAUGAAACGUAUAUGAAUGACACAAUAAUACAUAAGGUGUUCCAAAUAAACAGAGUAUGAGCACUGAG